GAAGCCUCACAAAAAGCUCUACAACAAGUGCAAGAGUUGUGGGAAAGUGCUUUAUAAUUUGGAAAUUUUUAAAAUUCACAUGAGAUUUCACACAGGGGAAAAGCCUUUCAAGUGCACCACUUGUGGGGAAGAUUUUACCCGGAAGCACAACAUGGAGAGGCAUACAAGGACUCAUGCAGGGGAGAAGCCAUACAGAUGCACCACGUGCGGUAAAAAGUUUACUCACAAGUCAAGUUUUCAAAGGCACAUAAGGACUCAUACAUGGCUGAAGCCAUUUAGAUGCACCAAAUGCAGGAAAAUUUUUACCCGGAAGUCAGGUUUACAAAUGCAUAUGAGGACUCAUACAGGGGAGAAGCCCUUCAGAUGCACCACGUGUGGGAAAAUGUUUACCCAGAAGUCAAAUUUUCAAAAUCACGUAAGAACUCAUACAGGAGAGAAGCCAUUCAGAUGCACGAUGUGUGGGAAAAUGUUUGGCCACAAGACAUAUUUACUAAGGCACGUAAGGACUCAUACAGGGGAGAAGCCAUUCAGAUGCACGACGUGCGGGAAAAUGUUUACCCGGAAGUCAGGUUUACAAAUGCACGUAAGGACUCAUACAGGGGAGAAGCCAUUCCGAUGCACCACGUGCGGCAAAAUGUUUACCCGGAAGUCAAAUUUACAAACGCACGUAAGGACUCAUACAGGGGAGAAGCCAUUCCGAUGCUCCAUGUGCGGAAAAAUGUUUACCCAGAAGUCAGAUUUACUAAGGCAUGUAAGGACUCAUACAGGGGAGAAGCCUUUUCAAUGCACAAUGUGCGGGAAAAUGUUUGCGCAGAAGUCAAAUUUACAAACGCACGUAAGGACUCAUACAGGGGAGAAGCCGUUCAGGUGCUGCGAUUGUGGAAAUGGUUUCAACUCAAAAUGGCAUCUCAAACAACAUGUCAGGAUCCACACAGGUGAGAUGCCUCACAGGUCACUGCAAAAAGAAGUUAACUGA